AUGCCAAUUAUCAAGUUCGUUGCAUUCGGGAGCAUCAAGUUAGAAAGAGCGUCAAAGGUCUGCCAGAAUCCACCCACGAUUUCCAUAUUGGUUUGCUCAAAAAAUCCACUAUUGCAAAGGGAUGAACCAGAGGAUCGUGGCCCCUGUAAUAUUACGAAUUCUCACAACGAAUUAAUUCAAGGAGUUGAACAAUCCGUUCCGCCGGAUCAACAAAUAGACGAUUAA